AUGCCCAGUUCUACUGUCGAGCAGGAAUAUCAGCGUCGAAUCUCCGCGAUCAAUGCGGUUAUCGCUUUCUGUGACGUGGAAGAGGGGUCGCCUACUAAACGACCGAACGUUUCCCAAAAACGGCGCGCCGACGGUGCACCGCCAUCUACGCCCCCUUCAAAGCGACAAGAACCGUUGUUUGGUGGUUGA